AUGCCCUUUACAUCAAGCGUUGAUGUUAUUUCUACGCAUUUCACUGUGGUUCCCUAUACAACGAGCACUGUGGCCGUCCCAGUAACUCGUAGGCGUGUUUUUGGAGACAUGGGAAGGGAGUCGGUGUGUGCUACUUCGCCGCGGUUGUGUGAAUACUACGCAGUAGGUGAUACGUUAGGCAUUCCCCUUGAAGAGAUCGUCGCGGAUGCUCUUCAGCUGGGUUUGUAUUUAACGGAAGAUGAGGAGUACUUUGCAGAUGUCCCUGGUACAAACCCUGGGGAAGUGCUGACGAGCGACAGAAGUGCUGCGAAGGUGAAUAUGCGGCGGAUUGUGAAUUUGAAACGGGAAGCGCUGGACCCUGGUGGGGAUGCAGAUGCCAGGCUUCACCCAGAUACCGUUAUCAACUGGAAGCAGAAGUCUCUCAUGGAACAGGAAACCACGACUUCUCGGUUGGAUAGCACCAGCAGAAGAAAGGGGAGGGGGUCCAACGAUCGCGAAGCAGCGCAUCGAGACCAGGGUGACAUUACUGAUACGGGGGAGAGAGAGCCAUCGCACUGA